AACUCGUAGAGGGGGACUUUCUUGCGCGUUAUUAUACAUCGGGAGCGAUUGAUAUACCGGCCAAUGGCCGACCCAACGUUGUCGGUGCCGCGUACAUUUUGCCCGCGCAAACGUUUCACGCGUAUUAACGAAUAAAGUAGUGGUAAUUGUGAGAAUAUCGCGAUAAACGUUGGACAUCGAAGUGAAUCACCGAUUCAUCUGUAACAAAAGUUUUUAUCUGUAUUUUUUUUCGUUAUUUUUCAAGCUUUUCUUCACUAUCGUGGCGUUAAUACGUACGAGAAGAAAAAUAAAAAACAGUCAUUUUCUCUGAGUGCCGCGCGGAAAUACAUUUCUGAAGGGUACGGAGCUACGCAAUUUCGGGAGUAUAUCCGCAACGCAAAAUACAAAUUUUUUGCCUGCUGAAUUUUAGGUCUGAAAUUUAGCAAAAAUGGUUGAAUCAGAUCAUGGAGAGGCACUCGAGGAAACAAAGACGAUGCCUGUGUCAGGCGGAGGUGAUAUAGAAGCCAAGAAAGCAGAAUUGGUGGGCAAGCGACCACGAGAAGAAUCUUCUGGAGAUGAAGGCAGCGAAUUGCCUCACAAAAGACAACGCAGUGAGGCUAACGAUCACCCUUCAGAGCCUGAUACAGAGAAAGUCGCUGAACCUGUGCACAAAGCAAACGGUAGCAGUUCUCUCAAUAACGACAAUGCAAUGAAUGUCGACGAGGAAGAAUUAUCCAAUGAAAAUUCGAAAAAUGUAUCCACCAACCCAAAAGAGAAAACCGACGGUGUGGAAUCUGCAGAUGACAAGGAGAGCGAGGAAAAAGCUCAAAAUGAUUCAUCCACGACUAUUGAUGAUGCUGAACAAAAUAAUGAAAAUAUUGAUAAAAAAGAUGAAAAUGAAGAUAAAAGAGAUAAGAACGAGGUUAGCUCGGAAGAAAAAGUUGAGGAGGAAGAACAUGAGGAAGACGAAGAAAUGGAAGAUGAAGCAGUUUCGUCGAGCAACGAUAAAGGAUCUGAGGAAAAUAAAGCUGGGAAAGCAAAUGUGAGUAAGUCAAAAACCAAAGAUCCUGAAGUAGUGGACGGUCUGGAGAUGUCGGUGGAAUGUGCAAGCGACAAGGAACAAUCGAGUUCGGAGGUGGAGGAAGACGAGGAGAAGAAAAAAACAAGGCCAAAGACGAUAAUUGUAAAGGCAAAACCGAAUGAUUCGGAGCUUGAUGCGAGUACGUCGGAAGGCGAGAAAUCAGAAGAUGAAGAGGAGAAGGAAGAAAAGAAAUCAAAGAAACCACCAAAGGGUGGGAAAUCUUCGCCUGAUGGUAAAGGCCGAAAAAGGGGGAAAAAGAAGGGUUUCACGAAGGUGGCAGUUUCCGGUAGCGAAGAUUCCGAUGACGAUGCAUCGGAGGACGAAGAUUAUAGUCCGCGAACUAAAAAGAAAAUGAAGAAAACAUCGGCCGCUAAAAAAACGGGUAAAACUCCUGGUAGGAAACGUGGUCGAGCCCCGAAAAAAGUGGCCAAACAGUCGGAUGAAGAACAUUCGGAAGAACAAGAUGACGACGAUCAUAAAGCGAAAAAGGGCAAGGAAAAAAGUCGUAAAAAGUCUGUCGGAAGCGAAGACGAUGACAAAAGUGAUGACGAUGCAAGUGAAGCCGUACGAAAAAAUGGAAAAAAGAACAGCAAAGCUAAACCGGAAGAUGACAAGAGGAUACAAUCAUUGAAGAAGUAUUUCCCGCUGGCCGGCAUUAGAAUUGCUUCUUACGAAGAAUUCUGGGCUGGUUGUAAAACAAAUACAGCGCGUUUGGCACGCAUGAAAGAGGCUCUCGCCCUGCAAGGAGUUGUUGGUAGACCAACAAUGGAAAAAUGCAAGAAAGCAAGGGCGCGUAUGGAACUUAAGCAAGAAGCCGAAGCUAUUGGAGCCCAUGACCCCUCAAUUUUAUCCGAAGGACGAGUAACGCGAGCGCGAAGGGGUAAACCGGACGUGUCUAAAGAAGAUGCACCAUCGCGACGAGAUUCACGCGGAGGUUACAGAAGGGUAUCAACGGUGGUCGACAGUGAAUCAGAGUGACGCGCGUAUAAAAAGUCCUUCGCGUCUAAUGAGAGGGAUGCGGAAAAUUCGUCGAACGAAAAUCGCCCAGAAUGAAUAUUUUUCUUUCGCUCUGCAAGUACCUAAUUAUAGAACCUAUAAUUAUAAAAUAGAUAUAUCCAUUGAUGAAAAUGAAUUUAAAAACGGAAAAUCAUGAAGCAACAACAGAACAAGCAUAAUAACCUGCACAUGGAAGCUCAAACACAGGCGUGAUGGUUCAAAGAACAAAGAAUUUAUCGUCGAAUUGAAAAGACAUCGUAACAGUGUGAAUUCGAAUUCGACAAGCGGAACAAAAAAAAAUACUAGGAAUACGAAAAAACAAAAAUUACAAUUACUUGGCGUCGACCUUCCACGAUCGUUCAAAAUUAAGUUUAACAAAUUUUAACUAGAAAAAACGAGAGGAAAAAAAGAAGCACGAAUGUCGCUGCCCACUUUCCGAAUGUGCGGGUGUGCUUAUCGCGCGUCUGCAAGUGCGAGUGUGUGCGUGCGUGAGUGUGUGUCUGUUGCGCGAGAGUCCCUGCUGGUGUGUAUGUAAAUUCAAGAUUGUUCCUCCCAAAUCAAAUUGUGCAUAAAAAUAUAUCGGAAUCAUUGAUCGAAUGGCCCUGGAAGGCAAGAAAACCCGUUAAACCUUCGAAUACUAUCGCCUCACUUCAUGCACCGAGGGCGAUUGAAAAUAUUUUGGUACAUAUUCCAGAAGCAUUGAAAAAAGAAAAGAAAAAUCUUUUAUACUCGCUCCGCUGAAAAUAUAAGUAAUGACAAAAAAUAGAAAAAAUCAUGAAAAAAAAAACGAAGUAAUUCCCUAUAAAUAAGAAUUUUUGCCACGGCGAAGUAUGUCGAACGGCGAAUCUAACACAUCCCCGCGUGAGAGACAAAGUUGAAUAAUGUUUUUUUUUAAUUUUAUCUUUCGUUGUUUCUUCAAUUCAAACGACUGCAUUGCGUUUAUGCUCGUUUCGCCGACUAUUGAGAUAAUAAUGAAUAAAAUAUAAUCAAGAUUUUUAACGCCACAUCAUUGUUUUAUAUGAAAAUAAAUUCUGAGUGUUCUCCCAAUGCGCUGACAGUCCCGUAAAAAACGACGAUAUGAUGUUUGAAAAAGAAAAAACAAGUUUGCGAUUAUAUUAUUGGUUAUUGUUAUAUUUAAAUAUUGGUUCAUAUAAAUUUUUUUUCCAUUUUUAUUAGACCUGUUAUCCGUUCAAUAUUGAUUAAGACCGUACAGUUGUCCAAAAUGUUAUUGGAUGUGACUUUCAGGACGAAAUAAAUGAAAAGUUGCUCGAUUUA